GUAAGGUAGGCUAGGUAUAAAAACGAACUCAUGCCGAGUCAGAGUAGGACUGUCUCACGCAAACCACAUUGCAGGCGCGCAGUGAGAAGUUAUAGAGCUUAAACAAACCACGACGUUAUCCUAAUAUCUACAGAAUCAAUCAAGCAACAUGCGUGAGUGUAUCUCAGUUCAUGUGGGCCAGGCAGGCGUUCAGAUGGGCAACACCUGCUGGGAGCUCUACUGUCUGGAGCAUGGCAUCCAGCCUGAUGGCCAGAUGCCCAGCAACAAGCCUGUCGGCGGCCAUGAUGACUCCUUUACCACCUUCUUCAGUGAUACGGGUGCUGGGAAAUAUGUGCCACGUGCCAUCUUUGUCGACCUGGAGCCAACAGUGAUUGAUGAAGUUCGUACAGGCACCUACCGUCAGUUGUUCCACCCUGAACAGCUCAUCUCUGGGAAGGAGGACGCAGCGAAUAACUACGCCCGUGGGCACUACACCAUCGGCAAGGAGAUUAUCGACUCAGUACUAGACCGCAUCCGUAAACUGGCUGAUCAGUGCACAGGGCUCCAAGGUUUCUUGGUGUUCCACAGCUUUGGUGGGGGCACCGGCUCAGGCUUCACCUCCCUGCUGAUGGAGCGCCUCUCUGUUGACUUUGGGAAGAAGUCCAAGCUUGAAUUUGCCAUUUACCCAGCACCCCAGGUUUCCACUGCUGUUGUAGAGCCUUACAACUCCAUCCUGACCACCCACACAACCCUGGAGCACUCCGACUGUGCCUUCAUGGUAGACAACGAGGCCAUCUACGACAUCUGCCGUCGCAACUUGGACAUUGAGCGUCCCUCUUACACCAACCUGAACAGGCUGAUCAGCCAGAUUGUCUCCUCUAUCACGGCCUCCCUGCGUUUCGACGGUGCUCUGAAUGUUGACCUGACCGAGUUCCAGACCAACCUGGUGCCCUACCCCCGCAUCCACUUCCCCCUGGCCACCUACGCCCCUGUCAUCUCUGCCGAGAAGGCCUACCAUGAACAGCUGUCUGUGGCUGAGAUCACCAACUCUUGCUUUGAGCCCGCCAACCAGAUGGUGAAGUGUGACCCGCGCCACGGCAAAUACAUGGCCUGCUGCCUGCUCUACCGUGGAGACGUCGUCCCCAAGGACGUAAACGUUGCCAUUGCCGCCAUCAAGACCAAGAGGAGCAUCCAGUUUGUGGACUGGUGCCCCACUGGCUUCAAGGUGGGCAUCAACUACCAACCUCCAACAGUGGUGCCCGGCGGAGACCUGGCCAAAGUGCAAAGGGCCGUGUGCAUGCUCAGCAACACCACAGCUAUUGCUGAGGCCUGGGCCCGUCUGGACCACAAGUUUGACCUGAUGUACGCCAAGCGCGCCUUCGUGCAUUGGUAUGUGGGAGAGGGCAUGGAGGAGGGCGAGUUCUCUGAGGCCAGAGAAGACAUGGCCGCCCUGGAGAAGGAUUACGAAGAAGUGGGCGUUGACUCCUUCGAGGAGGAUGAGGAGGGAGAAGAAUAUUAGUGACGUCUGAUAUUCAAGCGGGCAUCCCAUGACAGUCAUGGAUCAGUUCCAUCUCUGCUUUCAUAGCACUGGGAGGUUACUACUGCACAGUUUGGCCAUUUUGGAGAUGUACAGUCUCCAGUUUCCCAUCUCAUCCUCACCAUUACCAAAGAAAGCAAGCUACUGUCUUGUCAAUACAUCACACACAGUGUGUUAUAUGCAAGGCUGUACCCUAUUUCCAUGUCAUUUUUAUUUUAUAUUUGACCUAUUAUAAAAAGGUCUUCCCUUUUCUAUUAUUAAACUUGAAUAAUAAGCUUGUAUGGUGUUACUUGACCAGUGGUGAAAUGUUCAGAAAUCAAAUCCCAUCUUUCCUGCAUUGAAAAUAAAAUGCCUUUUGACCAAUGUAUGGGGCCUUUGAGGUUGCGAACUUUGCAAGAAGUAAGCUGUUAGUGUAAACUACAGUCAUUGUUGUGUGCAAUUUCUGUUUGUCUUAUCAGUAAUGCCCAUUUAUAAAUUAUUUUUGAAAAAAACAAGUUGUGCAGAACCAACUUGCUAUGAGGGGUGUCUUGGCUUUGUAAAUAAAAUGUUUUAAAAUGGUCA